UUCCUUCCUUUCAAACCAAACCAAACCCAAAAAAACCCUAAUCAUUAUUUCGUGUUUCAAUUAGUUUUUUUACCGAACAUGAUGAGGAGAGAAAGAUCCGAAUCAUUUGAAAAAACAGCCAAACCUCUAGAUAUCGCGAAAUGUCUUAUGAUGUUAUCUCGGACAUUUGCAGCCACCGAGCCGAAAAUGGUUACAGACCGGUCCGUCACAUAUGAAAACACAAACCAUUUCGAAUGCAAAACAUGUAAUAGAAAGUUUCAAUCUUUCCAAGCGCUAGGAGGGCAUCGAGCGAGUCACAAUAAGAGGCCAAGAUCGGAAAGCAGUGACCAAGACCAAGAACAACAGACAAAGAAGCAUAUCAACAACGAUAAACAGAGACACGAGUGUUCCAUAUGUGGACAGUCAUUCGGGUCGGGACAAGCCUUAGGUGGUCAUAUGAGACGACACAGAACGACCCUCUUGUCCGAGCCACGGGCCCUUGUGACCGAGCCACCGGCACGAACCCUUUAUCCGACGGUUCAUGGAAAGCAUGUUCUGAAGCGAUGCAAUAGUAGCAAGAGGGUAUUCUCUUUGGAUUUGAAUUUGACUCCAUUAGAGAACGAUCUUGAAUAUGUUUUUGGCAAGGCUUUGGUUCCAAAGAUCGAUAUGAAAUUUGUUAGUUAGUAUCCUUUUUUUUCUCUAAGUCUUUGAUUGUUUUAUACUUUGAAAAUAUCCACGUUCUUUGAUUAUUAUU